UCCCCUGCAGCGUCCCCGGCCAUCUCCUUCGGCCGAUGGCGGCAUCUGGCUUCCAUGUUCUGGUCCCUGUGACGUUGGGACGUAUGGGCGCCGGAACCGGCGGCAAAUAUGAAAAUUUUAAAAAAUGAAUUUUUUUUUAAAAGGAUUAUUACAUACAUUUCACACACAUUUUGUCCCUACUGCUUUGUCCUGUGCCCUGCCUGCAUUUUGACUGUUCUUUCUGCCUGGAAACUUAGAAAAGUCCACGGCGUCCAAAAAGCAUCCCUUUUAUGUCAAAAUCGGUUUUAGACCAGCUAGAGAACAGCAAUAGUAAAUCAGAACCACUUGCAGAAUUGA